AUGUUGAAGUUGUCUACCAGGCCUUCAAUCCGUCUUCUGAUACAAUCCUGCAAAACCCUUUGCCAUCUUCAGCAGUUCCACGCUCACAUUAUUUGCAGAGGCCUCGAGCAAGACCAUUGGACCAUCUCCAAUAUACUGAAGCUAUUAACGUCACUGUCGGCCUCUCUUUCGUACUCGACCUCGGUUUUCAACAGAGUGAUCGCUCCUUCCACCUUGCUCUACAACGUUCUGUUGAAAGGUUAUUCUCGGAAUUCCCGUUCCAGGGAGUCAUUUCUGCUAUAUACGAGGAUGAAGAAGAGUGAUAGUGCGUCCCCAGAUGAGUACACUCUCUCUUCCCUCCUGACCUUGUGUUCGCGUGAAUGUAAGUUGAGAGAAGGUCAAAUUGUUCAUGGGUCGGCGAUUAGAUACGGGGUCGCAGUUGACAUGUUCGUGGGUUCGGGUUUGAUUGACUUUUAUGGUAAAUGUACUGAGAUGAUAAGUGCAGAUAAAGUGUUCGACGAAAUGCCAGAUAGAAACGUUGUGUGUUGGACAGCACUGGUUGCUGGGUAUGCAAAUGCUGGGGACAUGGGCAAUGCUAGGAAUGUGUUUGGCCGAAUGCCAGUGAGGAAUUCGGUCUCCUGGACUGCUAUGAUCAUUGGGUUGGUCAAAACCGGAGACAUUGUUGGUGCGAGAAAGUGGUUUGAUGAAAUGCCUCGAAAGAAUGUGGUUGAUUAUACUGUUUUAAUUGAUGGAUAUGCCAAGUCCGGAGAUAUGGCUUCUGCAAUGGCAUUGUUCGAAUCUUGUCCAGAGAAAGAUAUUGUGGCAUGGUCAGCAUUGAUAUCGGGAUUUGCUCAAAAUGGUAUGCCAAAGCAGGCUUUGGAAAUGUUUAAAGAAAUGGAGUCUGGGGGUGUUAAACCUGAUGAAUUCAUCGUGGUGAGCUUGAUGUCAGCUUGUGCACAGAUAGGUAGCUUGGAUUUGGCCAAAUCGGUUGAUUACUACCUGAGCGAAACCUCGAUUGAUGCUUGUCAAGCUCAUGUCAUGGCUGCCCUUAUUGGCAUGAAUGCAAGGUGCGGGAACAUGGCUAGAGCAGAAGUAUUGUUCAACAGAAUGCCUCAGCAUGAUUUGAUUACGUAUUGUUCUAUGAUAAAAGGAUAUUCAAUUGAUGGGCGUGGUGAUCAAGCAAUUGAACUAUUCUAUAGGAUGCUAGAUGAGGGGUUGGUUCCAGAUGAGGUUGCCUUUACAGUGAUUUUGUCAGCUUGUAGUCGAGCUGGCCUUGUGGAAGAGGGUUGGAAUUUUUUCACUACUCUCACGGAUAAGUACUCCUUAGUCCCAACUCCUGACCACUACGCAUGCAUGGUUGAUCUUCUGAGUAAGGCAGGACGGCUUGAAGCUGCUUACCAGCUUCUAGUAUCGUGCCCUUUAGAGCCUUAUGCAUGUGCUUGGGGUGCACUUCUUGGAGCUUCAUCUUCUGCUCCAGAUUUGUGGUUCUGUCCAUAUGGAGAACAUCAUUUCCGUUCUCAAGUCAGGAAUGCAGUUGCUUUCACUGUUAAUCAUAGCACAGUGAAAAAAAUUGUAGCAGGCAUCUUCCCCGAGAUGGAACUGAAAUCCUCUGCACCCAUGGUGACUAGAAAAGUGUGCACAUUGGAUUCCCCAACCUCAAGUGGAUCAGUCUCUCGUGAUACGAUCUAUUGGAGAGCAACUAUUGCAGUAGAUGCCGCCAGAAUCAGGGUGAAAACCGAGAAGAGAGGAAGAGAAGACCUGAAGAGGGAGGGCAUCCAUGUUGGCGCUGAGAGCAAAAACUUGCUUGUCACCGUUUCCAUUGGAAGCGACCACACCACAGUGAGCAACUCGCCAUUUAUAAUCAAUCCCAAGUAAAUCAAGCUCUGCUCGAAUGAUCUCACUAGUUCUGUGCUCUUCAAAACCUAGCUGUGGAAAACCUCAUGAAUCCUCCGUCUGAUCCCUCUCGUCCACUCAAAGAACUCCGGCUCCUUUGCCGAUGCCGUGAGUUCCUUAGUCAGUGACUCCAACCCUGGAUGUUCAUUGCCGGCGACGGUAAAACCAAGAGAAUGACCCAACAUCAGUAAAUGAUCAGCAAGAAGCAACAACUGGACCGGCCGCAUGCGACUCCGCCGUGGGCGUGGGGGAGGCCAUUGCCAGGUUCCCCGCCCGGCUACCUCACUCUGGGUUAAAGGGUUCGGUCUGGUUCGUCGAGCUCUAUUCCGUUGGUGGGGUUCUAUAAUGAAGAAAAGAAAACCAUCUUCAUCUAUUGACUCGAUUAAUACACGUCCAAAGCCAUAAGAACUUACUACAAAGCCAUCAUUAACACCGCAGCAACACCACCGGCGUCCAAGUAGGAAAUGGCGACAGCAGCAUGGAGAGCUGCUCCUACGGGGAGCACAUCCUCGUCAAUGACGAGUCGUGGUGAAUGCAGCGGCUCCACUGGUCGUGGGCCCACUUUGGUCGUCCUAGCACCAAUCAUGAAGAAGGCGGCGUUCAUCUUCUGAGAGUAGAAGCUGAAAUCCUCUGCCCCCAUGAUCGGCGGAAGUAGCGUCACGUUUGAUUCCCCCAGCAGUGCUUCUCCAACCAGCUUGGCGUGGCCGUACAUUUCUCGGUGGUUGACGGUUGGCGGAUACGGCCUCAUGGUUUCCAUCAUGAAGUCCACCGAGCCACUGCACCGGUGGACUGCCGCUUGUCCCUCCACCACCACUCUGAUCCGCUGCCUGAGAUCAUCUAGCCCUUCCGCGGUCGUGCUUCGGAAGGUGCCCCCCAGCUUCACCGUUUCCGGGAUCACGUUCUCCGCUCGGCCGCCCUCCACGAAUCCUACUGAUAUCACCUGAACCAACGACAUACCAACCACCAUUCAGAAUUCUUUUUCGUUUCCCCUUUGGGUUGGAAAAGUAAGAGAUUGGGAAGGAGGAAUUGAUGGGAGUAAGUAGUACCCCAGCUUGAAGAGGGUCAGUUUCGCGGGAGAUGAUUUGCUGGAGGGCGAGGAUGAUGAAGGAAGCAGCGACAACUGGGUCCCUUGUGUCCUGUGGCCGGGCGGCGUGCCCGCCGAUCCCUUUGACGGAGGCCAAGAACCUUCCUGAGCCGGCGAGGAAUGUUCCUGGUCUGGAACCGAUUGAGCCGACCGGCAUCUCGGGUGCCACGUGGAGGCCAAACAUUGCCUGGAUGUUGUCCAGAGCACCGGUUUGGAGCAUGUGGUAAGCGCCAGCUCGACUUUCUUCUCCUGGUUGGAAGACCAAUUUCACAGUGCCCUUCUCCGGAUGACGAGUUAAGAGAGUUGAUUACCACGAAAGAAAUAAAUUAAGAUCACGGUAGACUGAUUGUAGUUUAUGAAGGUGGUUUACCUUUAUAUCGGCAUUUUAAGUUUAAGCAGCUUGGCAGCGCCGAGUAGCAUUGCGACAUGGGCGUCGUGGCCACAAGCAUGCAUCCUGCCCUUGUUCUUGCUCUUGUGUUCCCACUCUACCAUUUCCUGUACAUAAACAAACAUUUCGAUUAACACGCUUAAUUUUGCUCAUGGAGACUGUCAGAGGCAGGUUUGUG